AUGUUUUCCGGAGGGACCACCACAAUCACGGUGGAGGAAAUAAGCCAUGUACUGGCUGACUUGAAGUCCUGGAGUUCAAAUGCCAAUGCUCUCCAAAUGGAUGAAGACACUGCAAAGCAGUGGUCGUUGGACUGGCACCCUCUUCUGGAUGGCGAAAAGUGCGUCCAUAUGUCAUUCGGAGGGGACUCAGCGAGCGCCUUUGUUGUGCAUGUAUGUUAUGUUGACGACACGUUUGUUGUAGUCAAAAGAGAUGACGUUAACAGCUUUCACGACUAUCUCAAUAGUUUAAGCCCACACAUUAAGUUUAGCAUGGAAAUAGAGUCCACAUGGGGCACAUUAAACUUUCUGAACCGUAAAACACAUAAGGUUGGUGGGAAAUUGAAAACGACUAUCUACCGAAAACCAAUAGGCAUGAGAACCGUCUUGAACUAUUCAUCAGCACACCCAAAGUCCGUGUACGCCAGUAUUUUCUCGUCGAUGUUCCGUCGAGUUAAGGCGCAGUGCAUGGAAGAGAUCGACCGGACGGCAGCUCAAAUCGAGAUUGCCAACACACUUCAAGAAAUAGGAUAUCCAGUGAGUUUGAUCAGGCGUCAACUAAGGAAGAUUUUGGCUCCAGUAUCAAGACCCAGUAAGGAGUGGAUUGGCACAGCAGUCACUCCAUAUAAAGCAGGAACAUCGGAGGGUUAUCAAAGAUUGUUGAACUUAGCCAACAUUCGAGUAGCUUUUCAGAAGGGAAAAACGCUACUGUCAGUUUUGGUGCAACUGAAAGAUCCCCUGCCGGCUGAAAGGACCAGUGACUGUGUGUACAAAAUUAACUGCAACGAUUGCGCUGAGGUUUAUAUAGGACAAACUGCCAGGGAAUUGCACACCAGAAUUGUAUGUUAUGUUGACGACACGUUUGUUGUAGUCAAAAGAGAUGACGUUAACAGCUUUCACGACUAUCUCAAUAGUUUAAGCCCACACAUUAAGUUUAGCAUGGAAAUAGAGUCCACAUGGGGCACAUUAAACUUUCUGAACCGUAAAACACAUAAGGUUGGUGGGAAAUUGAAAACGACUAUCUACCGAAAACCAAUAGGCAUGAGAACCGUCUUGAACUAUUCAUCAGCACACCCAAAGUCCGUGUACGCCAGUAUUUUCUCGUCGAUGUUCCGUCGAGUUAAGGCGCAGUGCAUGGAAGAGAUCGACCGGACGGCAGCUCAAAUCGAGAUUGCCAACACACUUCAAGAAAUAGGAUAUCCAGUGAGUUUGAUCAGGCGUCAACUAAGGAAGAUUUUGGCUCCAGUAUCAAGACCCAGUAAGGAGUGGAUUGGCACAGCAGUCACUCCAUAUAAAGCAGGAACAUCGGAGGGUUAUCAAAGAUUGUUGAACUUAGCCAACAUUCGAGUAGCUUUUCAGAAGGGAAAAACGCUACUGUCAGUUUUGGUGCAACUGAAAGAUCCCCUGCCGGCUGAAAGGACCAGUGACUGUGUGUACAAAAUUAACUGCAACGAUUGCGCUGAGGUUUAUAUAGGACAAACUGCCAGGGAAUUGCACACCAGAAUUGGUGAGCAUAAAAGAAGAAUUAACAAACCACCAAGGGAUGCAGAAAACCAAACGCUGAUCAAAGACCCAGCGAUGGCGCUUGAGGAAGCAGAUACGGAUACCUAA